ACUCCAGUGCCGAAAGACAAGGAUACAACUAGCUAAUGCAAUACCUACUGUUGACUGUUGCAGCUUUGCUGCUGUGCACAACAUACACGAAUGCACGACCGCAAGGACCUGCAACAGAGCCGAUCAAGAUCUUGCGGCAGGAACAGGAGGUCAACUUCGAUGGCUCCUACAAAUAUGGCUAUGAGACGGAAAAUGGCAUCAAUGUGGAGGAGGAGGGUUAUCUCAAGAAUGCGGGCACCGACAAUGCAGGACCGUCCGCACAGGGCUUCUUCUCAUACACCGCACCCGAUGGCACACCCAUAAGGAUUACCUAUGUGGCCGAUGAGAACGGCUUCCAGCCACAGGGCGAUCAUUUGCCCACCGCACCGCCCAUACCACCAGCCAUACAGAGGGCCUUGGAUUACAUUGCCACGGCACCACCACAACCAGCUGAGUCGCAGCAGCAGAACACCUUUGCCGCACGCAGAGGCUGAAUUCCCAGCCUGAGACGAAGGGAGGCA